UUUUAUUUUAUUUUAUUUAGCAAGUUCAUUAUGGUUGCUGUCAAGUUACAAAAGGAAGAAAAUAGACAAGCCUUCCUUAAGGUUUUCCCUACUCUUGCUGAUGAAGUACUUGCUGAACUUCGUAAAUACAACAUGCCUGAAGAUGCCUAUGAAUGGACUAAAAAGAUGUUGUAUUACAAUGUUCCCGGUGGUAAAUUAAAUCGUGGUAUCUCUGUUGUUGAUACCAUCCGUAUUUUAAAGGGCGAAUCUGUUACUGAAGAUGAAAUUUUCAAAGCUACUGUUUUGGGUUGGUUAAUUGAAUUUCUUCAAGCUUUCUUUUUAGUAUCUGAUGAUAUUAUGGAUGCUUCUAUCACUCGCCGUGGACAGCCUUGUUGGUAUAAGUGUGAUAAUGUUGGAAUGGUUGCUAUUAACGAUGCUUUUAUUCUCGAGUCUUGCAUUUAUAUCUUUUUGAAGAAAUACUUUAAGAAAACUAAUUAUUAUAUUGAACUUGUUGAAUUAUUCCAUGAAGUUACUUUCCAAACUGAACUUGGUCAACUCUGUGAUCUUAUUACUGCUCCUGAGGAUCAUGUUGACUUGGAUAAAUUCUCUAUCAAAAAGCAUCAAUUCAUUGUCAUCUAUAAAACUGCUUAUUACUCUUUCUACCUUCCUGUUGCAUUAGCCAUGCACAUGGCUGGUAUUAAGAAUGAAGAUGCUUUUAAACAAGCUCAUGAUAUUUUGAUUCCUUUGGGCGAAUACUUCCAAGUUCAAGAUGAUUAUCUUGACUGUUAUGGUGCCCCUGAAGUUAUUGGUAAGAUUGGUACUGAUAUUAUGGAUAAUAAGUGUUCUUGGUUAAUCAACCAAGCUUUGGCUAAAGUAAAUCCUGAACAACGUAAGAUUCUCGAUGAAAAUUAUGGUAAGAAGGAUUCUGAAGCUGAAGCCAAGGUUAAACAACUUUAUCGUGAUCUUGAUAUUGAGGGAGUCUAUAAGGCAUAUGAAGAAAAAUCUUUCAAUGAUUUGACUGCCCUUAUUAGUAAAUUGGAUGAAUCUACAGGUAUUAAAAAGGAAAUCUUUACUGAGUUCAUGGAUAAGAUUUACAAGCGUACAAAAUAAAUGGCACAAGUAGAAAUGUUAUAAUAAUAAUAAUAAAAGUAUUU